CUUUGGCUUAUCCGAGGUGGAGCGACGAAGCAAAUUCAUUUUCCAGUCGUCAAAGACAGCGUGAACCUGCAGGCAUGUCUAACACAGCUGAAGCAUGCACGAAGAACCAGACAGAGACUGAUGCCUUCAUCGGAAGCACUUUGGGUUCUCUGGGGGAGUACAAGAUGGACAAGAAACGACGAGGCCGUGCGCUCAUCUUUAACCAGGAGUCCUUCUUCUGGCGCCUGGAGUUAAGAUAUAGGAAAGGAACCAAUGUUGACCGGGACAACUUGGAGAAGAGACUGAAAGAGCUUAACUUCGAAGUGGCGAUUCACAAUAAUCUCAAACAGAUGGAAGUCUUAGAUAAAAUCGGUGAAGCUGCAGAGGAUGACCAUUCAGACGCAGACUGCUUUUUGCUCGUCUUCCUGAGCCACGGCGAGAAUGGUCAUGUCUGGACCCACGAUGGAAAGAUCAGCAUUCAGGAUAUCACCUCCAUGUUCAAAGGAGACAAGUGCAGCAGCCUUGUGGGAAAGCCAAAGAUCUUCAUAUUUCAGGCCUGCCGUGGAGAUAAGCCUGAUGAUUCGGUGACUGCCUGUGCUGCCGGGGUUAGCGAGUCAGACAAUGACUUGACGAUGGAUGCCUGCGCCCUGUACAGCCUGCCUGCUGGGGCUGAUUUCCUCAUGUGCUACUCUGUGGCCGAAGGUUACUAUUCCUUCCGGGAUACCUCAAAAGGCUCCUGGUAUAUCCAGGACCUGUGUGAGCUGCUUCAGGAGUUUGGGGACUCACUUGAGUUCACUGAGUUACUCACGUGGGUCAACUGCAAAGUGUCGAUGAGAACAGUUGAGUCCAUUAACAACUCAAAAAUCACUGGGAAGCAAGUACCUUGCUUUGCUUCAAUGCUCACCAAGAAACUCUUCUUCAAACCAAAAAAGUAGAAGUUUCAGGCCUCAGGCAUGAAAUGAGCUGGUUUUAUAUCCCUCCUUACAUUUACACAAGUGCACUGAUAGUAAUAACAACAGAUACAAAAUAACAGGAACAACUUGUGUUUUUACGCAAUCCUUCCAGCCCUAAGGAAUUACUUCAUUAUUAACACUUCAUGUCAGUCACAUUCUUAGUUUCAAUUAUCUUGUUUUUCUUUUCCUUUUGUUUUUGCUAGUUUAUUUUCACCGUUUGUCUCAGUUUUGACUAUCUGUUUAAUCAAGUUUAAAGCACCAUGGCACAAACCAAAAAUGGCCAAAUCCUGCAGCUGACGUUUUAACUUAGCAAACCAAAAAAACAGGAGCUGACAUACUGUAUCUGGUGACCUUGAACUGGGAAAUGUCCCUUUGACUAAAUUGUCUCAUUGUCACAAACAUGCUGUUUGUAUUCAUGAGCACUCGUGAUUUCGUUUCUAUGCUGUUUUUUUUUUGUUUUGUUUUUAUCCAUGUCACUUGAUCUACAACUCAGGAACUUAGACUGAUUCUGUUUUUUGUCGUCUCACUGUUGUGACUGUGUGUGUAUAAUCAAAUCCGUGUGACUAUUUACCAAUAAAGUGGUCGUGUGUGAUUUCACCAGUA